AUGGCAUUAAGGAUCACGAAUGGAAACUCCAAACUAAAGAUGAGAGGAGAUGUACCACGGUUCUUGGUAAAAAGCAUAGGCUGGCAAGAUUCAAGUAUACUAAUACUAGAACAAGAAAAAUGGACAGAAGAUCUCUGUGCAGUUUCCUUUAUAUCGAGUCUGAGUGCAAAAAUAAGAGUUCCACCAAGCUGGUCACCAAAUUGUCCUAAGCUCUCAACCUUGCUUCUUCCUUAUUUUUCCAUAAAAAGAAUUCCUGAUUCAUUCUUUCGGCACAUGUGUGGACUUAAAGUUUUGAAUCUAGAACUAUGCAAAGGUAUAACAGAGUUGCCUAAUUCUGUUGCAGACUUGGUGAAUCUCACUGCUUUGAUUUUGAAGGGUUGUGAAGGCCUCCGAUCUGUGCCGCCACUGGGAAAGCUCAAGCAAUUGAGGGAAUUGGAUCUAUCGUGGACUAAGAUUCAGGAUCUCCCUCAAGGUCUAGAGUCAUUGGUUAAUCUCGAAAGGCUUAACUUGGGCAAUUGUCGGUCUUUCAGACGAAAGAUAAUACCAAAAGGGACAUUUUCUGAAUUGCACCGUCUUCAAUGGCUAGUAUUGUCACCCUAUGGUACUGUACAAUUUAAUGAUCCAGAAGUGUUGAACCAAUUAAAAAGUUUUAUAGGAUGUUUAUGUUUUACCGACUCCUAUAAAAUCUCUCGGUGGCCAGAAUACUAUUAUCUUUAUAUCAAUGAUAACUUUUCAUCUUUUUGUGACUACGUUCACUCGGCCGAUGAUAUUGGGCAUCACAAACGAUUAUACUUCCAUCAGUGUAAAUUGGGUAGAGGAUUGAACCAUCCUGUGUUGUUGCUGCCAAGUGAUAUAAAAAGUCUAGAACUCAUUGAUUGUGUUGGCCGGGGCAUUAGGUGCUUGUCUGAUGUUUUUAGGAAUUUUACAAGUUUAAACGACUUGUCUUCUUUGGAGAUCAGGGGUUUGGAUGGAAUAGAGUUCCUCUGGCAAUUUUCUGCUCCUGCUCCACGUGAUCAGCAGGCAGACUCCUCAUUUAGUCCACUAAGAAAACUGCAAAAUCUGAUCCUCCGGAAUUUGCUUGAUCUAGUGGGUCUCUUUUUCGGGGAAUCAGAAGCAUAUUUGCUUCAACCUGGCACCUUCUCUUCCCUUACGUGGUUGUCCAUUCACAAAUGUCACAAAAUGAAGCGACUAUUCACAGCGCAGCUGCUACAGAAUCUUGAAAAUCUAACACUAAUUCAUGUCAAUGAUUGUGAAGGAGUGGAGGAGAUAGUAGCAGAUGACAAUGGUGUAGAACAAGGAGGAGGAGAAGGCAUCCAAUUGACUUCAAGUGAUGCUACCGCCACGGUAAUCCUUCCAAAAUUAAGGUGUUUGAGUCUGAAUAGGCUGCCACAACUAAAGAACGUUUGCAAGGUAGCCAUGAUUUGCGAUUCAAUCAAGGAGAUUAAAAUAUUUGGUUGUCCAAAGGUAAAGAGGCUGCCUUUGUUUCUUCCUAACAUCAACGGGCUACCAUCUCUUCCCAACACUCUUCUUCAAAUCAUGGGAGAUAAAGAAUGGUGGGAAUCAUUAGAGUGGGACAAUUCUUGCACCAAAAACGCCCUUGACCCAUUUUUUACUACACAUUCGGUGCUUCGCAUCUUUAAUUCAAGACCACCUCUUUGA